GAUAAGCCCCGAUAGUCUUUUAUUAUUAUUUUGUGGAGAAAACGCGCAAUUGUCUUCGAUCGCUGAAAACCACGUAUUUUCCUGCCUAGCGAUGACGGAAGUGCCGCCCAAGAAGCGCAACGCCUGCGUCAUCGUUCUGGGCGACAUUGGGCGCAGUCCUCGAAUGCAGUACCAUGCACAGAGUCUCCUGGAGGAGAAUUACCACGUGGACGUUAUUGGCUAUCUGGAGACGAGACCAUUGGAGGCACUUACUCAACAUCCAUGUUGCCGAAUCCAUGAGUUAACUGCCGUUCCAGUGACGAACCUCACGCCCAAGUUGCGGUUGCUCUUCAAGGCCUUUUGGCAGACCCUCAGUCUUCUAAUAGCCCUCAUCUCCAUUGGGCGACCCAGCUUCCUGCUAGUCCAGAAUCCGCCCGGGAUUCCAACGUUGAUCGUAUGCUAUCUAUAUUGUGCGGUGACCCGAACAAAAUUGGCCAUAGAUUGGCAUAAUUACACCUAUACAGUGCUUGCGUUGGGAAUGUCCAAUGGGGAACAGGGCCUUCUGAUCCGAAUAGUGAGGCGACUGGAACGCUAUUUUGGGUCCAAAGCCCACACUCACUUCUGUGUGACACGCGCAAUGCAGGAGGAUCUCCAGCAGAACUGGGGUAUUGGGCCUGUUAAAGUUCUAUAUGAUCGUCCGCCCACGCAAUUUCAUCCCAUAGACCUGCCCCAGAAGCACGAUUUAUUCCUGAAGCUAGCCAAAGAUUAUCCUCAGUUUCAGGCAAAGGACAUCAAACAGUCAGAGGUGCUGGAAUCCACUGCACUAACCCAGAAACUGUUAAACGGCAACGUGCAAUACAAGCCCCUGCGACAGGCUGUCCUCGUUUCGAGUACUAGUUGGACGCAGGAUGAGGACUUUGGGAUACUACUGAAAGCUUUGCAGGCCUACGAGGAUACGGCGCAAGCAGAGCCUUUAGUGUAUCCCUCUCUGCUGUGCAUUAUCACAGGAAAGGGACCACAAAAAGAGCAUUAUAUAGCGGAAAUCGACAAACUGGAAUGGCAAAAGGUGUCCGUAAUCACGCCUUGGUUGGAGAUUGAGGACUAUCCCACCGUGCUCGCCAGUGCCGACCUCGGAGUGUGCCUGCAUUGGAGCACCAGUGGUUUGGACUUGCCCAUGAAGGUGGUGGAUAUGUUCGGAAGCGGCCUGCCAGUCUGCGCCUACGAUUUCAAGUGUCUGCACGAGUUGGUGAAACACGGUGAGAAUGGCUUUGUGUUUAGGGACCACAUUCAGUUGGCCGAGCAACUGAGAAUUUGGUUCGAGCAUUUUCCAAAAAAUCCAAGUAUCCUGGAGACGCGAGCCGGCUUUCAGCGCAACCUUCAGGAGUUCCAAGAGUUGCGAUGGCGAGAAAGUUGGCGUAAUAUAGCCGCUCCCGUACUGGAGGCAUUCCUCUAAUGCAUUUUAUGUUGCUUUUUUAACAAAAUAUUUGACAAUUACACGUUAAGACAGACUUUCUUCAA